AUGCCGUUUACUGAGAAGAAGAGAAAAACUCAAGAUAUUAACGUGAAACCAUUGAGGAAAUCGAGGAUUUUUGCGCCUUUUCGAUCCAUUGGCUAUGUUUCAAACCACAUACCUUUUGACAUUGAAGUUCGUGGUACUCACUUUCUAGUUUCAACAUGCGUUGGAAAUUCUUUUCAAACUUACGAUUGUGAACGACUCAAUCUUUUGUUUGUCGGUAAACAGCUGGAACGAGAGAUUUCUUGUCUAAAAUCAUACAAGGAUUUUAUGCUGGCUGGGUCUGGCUCUAAGCUUUUUGCUUAUAAGCGAGGCAAAAUUGUCUGGGAAAUAGAUUUGGAAUCGUCAGCUGGUGAGAUUGUGCAAUUGGAUGCUUUUGGUGAAUGGAUCAUUGCGACUAGCAGUACACGCCAUGUUCAUGUUUGGAAACAUGUUUCCAAAUACGAACUGCCAGAGUUACAUACGGUUUUUCAACCUACGGCCAAUGCGGACGUAACUGCAAUGAUUCAUCCUAGCACGUACUUGAAUAAAGUUCUAUUUGGAUUUUCUGAUGGCUCCUUCCAAUUAUGGAAUAUGAAAACGACAAAGUGUGUUUACAAAUUCAAUGAUUUGGCUGGCAAUGCCAUUACCUCUCUUGCUCAGGCUCCUGUAGUUGACGUCCUUGCCAUCGGUACUGCAAGUGGUCAAAUUUUGCUGUAUAAUAUAAGAAAUGCCACCAUUAUAAUGGAAUUUCGUCAAAGUGGCCGUGUCCUCUCCUCUUCCUUCCGAACGGACGGUGUACCGGUUUUGGCGACAUCGAAUCAUCAGGGAGACAUUUCCUUCUUCGAUUUAUCAAAACGUCGUGUCCAAAAUGUUGUCUAUGGAGCUCAUCAUGGUUCUAUUCCCAAACUUCAAUUCUUAAAUGGUCAGCCUUUGUUGGUUACUGCCGGUCCUGACAACUCUCUCAAGGAAUGGAUCUUUGACUCCAUGGAUGGUGCUCCCAGAGUCUUGCGUCUCCGCAAUGGCCAUUAUGAGCCUCCCUCUUACAUCCAAUUUUAUGGCCAAAGCGUCCAUUUCCUCCUUUCCGCUGCCACUGAUAAUACGCUACGUGCUAUCAGCCUUUUCCAAGAUAAUCAAACCGUUGAGCUAUCCCAGGGCUCCGUUACCUCGAAAGCGAAAAAAUUGAAUGUUCGUCCGGAUGAAUUAAAGCUUCCCGAAAUAAUUUCCAUGUCUUCUUCUAAUACCCGCGAAAAAUACUGGGAUAACAUCCUUACUGCUCAUAAGAAUCAUAAUGCUGCUCGUACCUGGAGCUGGAAAAACAAGACUUUAGGUCAGCAUGUUCUACCAACGACGGAUGGUACCCCUGUUCGCGCCGUUUGUGUUAGUUGCUGUGGUAAUUUCGGUAUGGUGGGUAGUUCCAAGGGCCUUGUAAACGUUUAUAACAUGCAAAGUGGUAUUUUGAGAAAAUCUUUUGGUCACGAACAGCAGAGCGGCAAGCCUGUAACAUCUAUUAUGGUUGACAACGUCAAUCGAGUUUUGGUUGCAUCCUCUUUGGAUGGUAAUUUGCGUUUCUGGGAUUUCAAUAAAGGGUCUCUGAUCAAUACUAUUGAUAUGGGCAGUUCUAUCACGAAUGCUAUUUACCAUCAUGCGUCCGAUCUCAUAGCUGUUAUCUGCGAUGACUUUGGCAUUCGCAUCGUCGAUGUUCAAACAAAAAAAAUCGUUCGUGAAUUAUGGGGCCACUCGAAUCGUUUGACUGACGUCGAUUUCUCCAACGAUGGACGCUGGUUAGUUACAGCAUCUUUAGAUGGAACUAUUCGUACUUGGGACUUGCCAACAGGCCACUUGAUUGAUGCAAUUACUACCGGUAGUGUAUGUACUGGCUUGUCUUUUGGACCUACCGGUGAUUAUUUGGCAACGUCUCACGUUGAUCAGAUUGGAAUCAGUUUAUGGACCAAUCUUUCAAUGUUUAAGCAUGUGUCUACGAAAUCGCUACGAUUGGAUGAUAUCACUGAGGUUUCUCUUCCAUCAAUUUCCGGCGAGAAGGGAACGUCGCUGGUACAAGCUGCCUUGAAUGCUGAAGAAGAUGAGGAAGAGGAUGAUGAUAUUUUAUACACCACAGCUGAUCAAAUUGACGGUCAGUUACAGACUCUCAGUAAACUUCCUCGAACACAAUGGCAGACUCUUGUGAGCAUGGAGUUGAUUAAAGCUCGUAAUGCUCCUAAAGAGGCACCUAAGGCACCUGAGAAGGCGCCGUUCUUUUUGCCGUCUCUGAAAGAACAAUCAGAGGGGCUUGUUUCAAAGCUUGAUGAAACAAAUAAUGACGAGCGAAACCGACCAAAAUUGGCUUCCUCAAUGCAAACCGUUACAACCAGAUUUUCCGAACUCUUGCAUGCUGCAGAUGAUGAUGUAUUCUUUGAAUAUUUAAAGACUCUGCCACCAGCUAAGACCGAUUUAGAAAUCCGCUCUCUGGAGGCAUACCCACCUUACGAAGAAUUCAUUUUAUUUAUCAAUAGCAUGACUUCCCGGUUAGCAAGCCGUCGGGACUUUGAGCUGGUACAGGCUUAUAUGGCAGUUUUCAUUAAAGCACAUGAAGAUGUUUUGUUGUCUUCAGAUGCUUUGGAAGAAAAAGAAAACGUUUUGAAUGCAUUGAAAACUUGGGAUGCUGUGCAAAAGGAAGAAAACAAUCGAUUGCUAGAUUUGGUUCAUUAUUGCUCUGGUGUCUUGAGUUUUAUGCGGACUUAG